GGGCUCCUUUAUAUCCAAAUCCCCUUCCAACCUUCCGAAGGUGAUUGGGACCCCGGAGGAUUUGGCCCCACUUCUCGGCGUCUCUGUGGGUCCCCGGGACGGCUUCCCCACUCGGACACGGAGGCGGACUCCCGACAUUCCUUUCGUAGUAGACGGCCCUCCUUAUGUUGAUUUAAUGUGCUGACCAUAUGCAGCUAUGGAAGAUGCAUUUAUUUUUGUUUCUUAGAAAAGGGAAACUAUAUUCCUUUCUCCGUUCGAGGCCGAGAGCUGCGAGACUCGCACGCGGCACAUGGCUCCAUGGCAUUGGCACGGAGUGGGAGGUGUCAAACUUGCUCAUAUGCACGCAAGUGCAUGGCAUGGUCCAUGGUCCAUGUAGUAUGGGAGAGACUAUAUGCAAGGUGAUUAGUACUGAUUACCUAGACCCUCCUUGCCCCGGUAAGCUCGUGCACGACGUAAAGUCUCAGUCAAUACCAAUACUAGGCAUGCGUAUCCAAAUCAGGACGGGUACUUUAUCCUUUUAUGUAGUAGUAUACCAUCUUAUAAGUUACCCCUUCCCCCGCACACUCCCGCGGCUCCCUAUUCUUCAUUUCUUGCCACCCUGCAGAGACGCUGCACGUUCUCCUUGCCAUCCCCACUCCAGCUCGUAUGCAAAUACUCCAUGGUCUAGACUCUACCGUAGGUAGCUGGAAACAAGUCCCCUAGUAGAAAACAAAAGCCCGGACCUCGAGGCUUUGACGCGGUAUACCGGAUCCCAGCUCCCCGAGGUCGAACGAGCAGUGAGGAACGGCAUUGACCUGUCCAGUCUCGGAAUCAUACGCGUUGAAAAUCACCAGUUCGGAUUCCAGCUGGUCCGGCACGUAGUACCACUUGUGCUUCGGGUUGUAGUACACCUGGUAGACCUC